ACUCUUUGUACCAGUCAACACCACACCCGCUCAGUAGCAUCUUGAAGUCGAAUCUUGAAUGACUGAAAUGUCCGAGCCUCUUGUAUAGAAGGAGCGAGGGCGACCGAACACGGAGAAUUGCCGAACAGGAUCAACGGCUCUCGUUCCGAGGACCAGCUCGACAUGUCCGGAAGGAUCUUGCCAGGUCUGGCUACCCCAGGCAAUGCUACCUCUUAUGCACCGGGGUCGAGGACUAUCCCGGAUCUGACUCUGGGAAGCCUGGCUGCUGAUUUCGACGCGGAGGCUGCUGAGGAGGAACUGCUUCGGCAACAGAAUGGAGCGGGUUAUGGAAGGAACAGCCCGGACUUCUCGGAGGAUCUGAACGGGCGGGAGAUGCCGCCCGACUCGCCGUCGACCGUGAUGGGACGGUCGAUGUCGCGAGACACCCAAUCCCCUGUCAGGCCUUCCCGCUCUCGAACUUCCACCGGCAGGAGCGGACGGAGUGAUCGAUAUGAUCAGAAUCAGAACGAGAACCUGGCUGUGUCUACGAGGGCGUCCAACAAGGUCUGGCUGGCUGUCGGCAACGGGACCGAGGAGGAUGACGCGGACGACCUGAUGUCUCAGAAGCUCGACCUGGAACCGAGCCCUCAGUGGGAGAUCUCGAAUGAAGAUGCCAUGAGGAGUGUGGGAAGGCAUGCGAGACGAGCGACUGACGGUGGAACGGACGCUUUGGAGAGGGUCAAGGGAAGGCCGAGACAUUCGGUAGCGACGACUGGGAAUGAAUCGUCGAUCAUUCGGGAGAACGGCGGAAGGCCUCAGCUCAGUUUAAGGGAACAAGCCAAGAAAACGCAAGAGCAGGACAACGAGAUCUGGAAGUUGAAACUCGAGCUCAGCAUGCUUACAUCUCAGAUGAAGCAGGGGCUGGGUAAGGAUGCCGCAGAACUCACACAGAGGUUAAUAAAGCACAAGACCGAAAGUGCAGCAGAGAUUAUCAGGUGGAAGAAAGCCUCUACGAUCGUGUCCGAGCAAUUGACCAAGAGCAACGAAAGGGUUCUUGACCUCGAAUACCAGCUGGACGCGGCUCGACAGGAUGAUUCUAGCGUAGUAGAUGAGCUGCAGGAACAAUUGCUGGAAGAGCAGGAGAAGAGGCGAGAAGAUCAAGCUCGGAUUGUGCAACUGGAAGAUGCCUUGCAUGAAGCGAGACGAAAUGAACAUAGCGACGAGAGCUUUGAACAGAUGGAAGACGAGGCGGAAGCCGCUCGCACUCGAGCGACGAAGUUGGAGGAGGACAACAAACAACUUCAGGAGCAAGUCGAAGACCUGCAGCAUGAGCUACAGAAUGCAUUCGAUGAACGAGAUCGGGCUGUUGAAGCAGCAGAAGAUAAAGCCGGCUCCGCCUCGAACGAAGACGUGAAAAGGUUGGAGCACGAUAUCUUGGAUCUUGAAGCGGACAAGGCAUCGCUGGCUGCAGAACUUGAGGCUUUACGAGUGGGAGCUAGAGCGAGGGAUGAACAACGGCAACAGGACCAAGAACGAAUCAGCCUUCUUGUACGGGAGCUCGAGCAAGCCAAAGUGCAGACGAUCGACCUGCAACGCAGCGUUUCGCGUACAGGGAACCUUGAAGUCGAACAUGAACGUCUAGCGAGGUUGGUCUCGGACAGGGAGAAUGAGAUCCUUCACCUGAAGGAGGAGCUGGACCGGUUGGAUGCCAAGGUCCACGCUCAAGCUCGGGACAUGCUAGCCUACCAGGAAGACUUGGAUGAAAUGGUUCAGAAGCUCCGCCGCUUGCAAGCGGAAAGGAACGAGAUUGCGGAAAACCUGAAUGAGACCAUGACCAUUAUCGAAGACAAGAACGAAGAGUUGCGAGAAUCUCAAGAUCAACUGGAUCAGGCACUUGAUCAACUGGAGCAGUUGAAGGAGGAUCUCGCAGUCAUGGCUAGGGAAAGGGACGCUUUCAAGAACGAACUCGCUCAAGCCGAUUCUGAUAUUGAUAGAGUGGACGAGUCUCGGGAUGAAAUCGCUUCCAACCUAGCGGAGGUCGAGGCAGAACUGGUUCAGACCCGGGAAGCGGAAGUCGCAGCGAGACAGGACCUUCAACACCAGCGAUUGACUAUUGACGAGCUCUCUCGGAAGCUUGGGGACCUCGAAGUUCGUCAUCGCCAGGAUGUGGAUUCGCAGCGCAAGCUUGUGCAAGAACGUGAUGAGAUGCAAAGCACCGUAAGGCGCACGGAGUCUGCGCAUUCGGAGGAAACGCAGAGGCUGCGGAAGGAGUUGAGUUCUGAACUCGAACGAUACAAGCAGCUUAUCAGCGACAAGGAGCAAAGCAACGUUCGUCUAUCUCAUGAGAUCGAAGCUGUUCGGGAGCGAAUAUCAGAACGCGACCGGGAUGUACGUGACUUGCAGAACGCUCUGAAGGGUCUAGAGAGCGACAAGCGAAGGAUCGGUGACGACCACAUGGACGACCGACGCUCGCUCGAACUCGAAAUCGAUCGGGUGAAGCGGGAUCUAGGCCGUUCACAGGAUGACCUCGAGCACGCUCAACAAGAGAUCGAUCGACUGGAAACCUCGCUUUCGCAACAGCGAGCAGAGUUGUCCGACAUGGCGGAAGAAAAGAGCUCUAUCGAGUCGCUACUCACCUCGGAACGUCAGGAGCGCCUGAAGCUAUCUGACAAGCUGAAUGCGGCUGAAAAGGCUGCCAAGCAAGCUGAACAUGAACUCGUCGCCUUGCGAGAGCGUGUCGAGGAAUUGGAGCGCAACAGCGGGCCAAGCCGGGCUCUCACUCCCCGACGGGGAAGCGAUAUGGCUCAAAAGGAUGCCUCGACUCUGCUUCAAUCCAUAUACAUCAAGGUUGCCAAGCUAUGCGGUAUAGAGGAGCAUGGUGUCCCCAGCAAUUUCUCGACGCUCAAAGACAACUUGUUGCGUCGAUUACGACAGCUACAAUCGACGAACUCCGAGUGGGAAAGACAGAUCCGCUCGCUUGAAAUCCGUCUAGAGUCGCAGACCUCCGCCUUGUCUCGUGAACUUGAUGCCAAGAAGAAGCUCCUGGAUGGAGUCGAGCACUCUGUCCAAAAGAUGACCCAGACCAAGCUGUCCUGGAAGACAAAGUUGACGAUGAAGGACGACGAAGUUGCUGAUCUCAGAGGCCGUCUCAAGGAUUUGCAGUUCCAAUUGUCCACCUUGAAAAUGUCGUCUACUACCGAAUCCUCGACCGAGGUCAGGACACUGCAAUCUCGCGCGACCCAUGCCGAGAAGCGCGCGGCGACGCUGGCGAAUCAAUUGUCGGCGUUGCAAGAAGCGAGCGCUACUCACGAGUCGAGACACCAGACGGCGGUGAGCAAGUGGGAAGCAAGAGUGAGGGAGUAUGAGAAGCGCCUGAGGGAGGCAGGGGAAAUGAUCAAGGUUGAGAAGCAAGGCGGGAAGGAGAGGGUGGCGGAUCUGGAGCAGCAACUCAGAUCACUGAGCGCCCAACGGGACGCUAUCAAUGCCAAGACUAUUCGAUUGGAAUCGAUUAUGAAUAUGGCAGGGAUGGGCAGGAAGGAUGACCCGGACGCUCUGUGAUUACAAUAAUGAUGAACCGACAAUGACCUUUUCGAUUUCUCUGGGAGCGACGAUUGUAUUAUAAGCGUGUAGUGAAGCGCGUGUCUACCACGACAGUAUCAAAGAGACUUUGCAUAGUAGCGAUGACAUGCCCGUCGUUCGCAAGACAAGGGGACACGGGGAAAGAUUCAAGUUACUUCGACAAUACACGUUCUGCCGAGUAUCUGUGAUACAGACUACGUUGUCUGUCUGAGAAGGGAAAGGAUUGGUAUUAGGGGGGGAAGUGUAGGGCUCCUCUUCAUCCCA